GUUUUUCCCUCCCAUUACAGGCACUUCUUACUUUCCUUUCUCGAGGUUCCAAUGUUUUCAGCCUCAGAGCCAAACAGCAGACACGGAGAGAAAGUGAGGGAAAGUGAAAGAAACUGAGGGAAAAUUAAUAAAAUAAUAGUGUAAAAUUAUAGCAGAGGAAGAAGAAGGCCAAGGAAAAGAAAGCGAGGGAAAGCACAGAGAUAGAAAGAGGAAAAAUGAAGCACAUUUUCAAGAAGCUACACUUAGGGAGUAACCACGAGCCACAUGGCCCACAUCGAUCAAACGAGACCACUCCCUCGCCACUCUACACCUCCAAUCAACGUAAUCCCCCCGGAAACGCUCCCGCUAGCCCUCCGUCAACGUCUUCAUCGCCGGCGUCCACUGUCACUGGUUCAACGAUUUCAUCCGCGGCGAAUAAUUCUACUAGUCGUACGGACUACUUCUCUUCCGAGGAGGACUUCCAGGUGCAGCUAGCGUUGGCGAUCAGCGCGUCCAAUUCAGAGUUUAGGGAUGAUCCCGAGAAGGAUCAGAUCCGAGCGGCGACGCUAUUGAGCUUGGGAGGGAAUCAUCAUCAUCGGAUCGAUGUGGGGAGGGAAAAGGGAGAGGCUGCUUCGGAGGCCUUGUCAAGGCAGUAUUGGGAAUAUAAUGUUCUUGAUUAUGAGGAGAAAGUAAUGGAUGGUUUUUAUGAUGUGUUCUCCACAAGUCCAGCAGUCCAAGGGAAAAUGCCAUCUCUCACAGAUCUAGAAACAAGCCUUGGGAGCUCUGGUUCUGAAGCAGUGAUAAUCAACCGAACAAUUGAUCCUGCAUUGGAAGAGAUGGUACAAGUUGCUCAAUGUAUUGCUCUAGAUUGCCCUGCUACAGAUGUUGUUAUUUUGGUACAGCGGCUAGCUGAACUUGUUACAGGACAUAUGGGUGGGCCAGUAAAGGAUGCUAACAUAAUGUUGGCAAGGUGGAUGGAAAGAAGCACAGAGUUGAGGACAUCCCUUCACACAAGUGUGUUGCCUAUUGGGUCCAUAAAUAUUGGUUUGUCUCGGCAUCGAGCUUUACUUUUUAAGGUAUUGGCGGACAAUAUAAGAUUACCUUGUCGAUUGGUGAAGGGUAGUCAUUACACUGGCAUUGAAGAUGAUGCUAUCAACAUAAUAAAGUUGGAAGAUGAAAGGGAGUUUUUGGUUGAUCUCAUGGCAGAUCCAGGGACACUUUUACCGGCUGAUGUUCUAAGUGUGAAGGACACUACCUUUAGAUCAUAUAAUCCAAAAACUAGUAGGAUAUCUGGUCUUCAUGCUUCUAAUGAAUCUGGAAUUCUUUAUGCUGGAUCAAAGCCAUUAUCUGGUGAAGGCAGUAGUCAGAACUCUUCAGUGGAUGGUAGUUUGCCUCUGGAUAGAAGGUUAAGUGCUGACAGUGUGGAGUCCUCAGCAUCAUUCUCUGGUGCUAAUAGUGAUGUUGGUGUUGGUUCUUCUGGUAUGUCUAGUAGAGCAGCUCCUUCUAAUCAACAUGAUAAUAUUUCCUCCUCAAUUAUUGGGUCUUCUCUGUACAAGGGUAGUCGUGGAGCCCAAGGAAUAGGUGAUACUGUGAGGAUGAAUGUUAAUGUUGUUCCAUAUAGUCAAAAUAGCUCAGAGGAUUCGAAAAUCCUUUUUUCAGAACUUAAUCCUUUCCAGAUCAAAGGAACUGGAAAAAGUUUCAUACACAACAAACAUGCUGAGAACAAAGUUGAGGACUUUAAAGGGCAGAAAAAUAAUCCCCUUCCUGGUCGACCCCCUGUGCCAUUGAUGUGGAAGAAUCGAUAUGCAUGCAAUGAAGUCCCCAGGAAAAAAGAAUAUGAUUAUAUGGACGGUCUCUUUCCAAGAAUUAAUCAGGAACCAAAUAAUUAUAAUCAGUCGUCAUUAGCUUCUACCAGCUCUACUAUUCCCGAGAAGGUUUAUUCUCAGGGCCUCAAGUCAUCCAGUAAUUUGAAUACAUCCAGUAGAGGUGGUGAUGCUAUGAAUUCUUUGAGUGGUAACUCGCCAGCUUUGGCACCUGGCAUGAAUCAAUGCUAUAAGUCUCCUUUAGUUGAGGUUAAAGAAGAAAAGCCGAGGGAUGCAAAGAAUUUCACAAAUGAUGCAGGAGUCAUAGUUAAAGAUGAUGAAAAUAAUGAAAUUGGCUUUGAUCGGAGAAAGUGCACUUAUGACAGAUUUUUGGGGACCAAUCUGAAACUAAAGGAACCAGAAAGUCCUAGCUCAUCAAUUGAUUCCUCCACGAGCAGGAUUGAUCAAAUUUUUGACGAUGUAGAUGUGGGUGAAUGCGAAAUUCCUUGGGAAGAUCUGGUUAUUGGAGAGAGGAUUGGACUAGGUUCAUAUGGAGAGGUUUAUCAUGCUGAUUGGAAUGGCACGGAGGUUGCCGUGAAGAAAUUCUUAGACCAAGAUUUCUCAGGUGCUGCUUUAGCUGAAUUUAAAAGAGAAGUGCGAAUAAUGCGGAGAUUGCGCAAUCCAAAUGUUGUCCUCUUUAUGGGUGCUGUUACACGCCCUCCAAACCUCUCUAUCAUUACAGAGUUUCUUCCUAGAGGAAGUUUAUACCGGAUUCUUCACCGUCCCCAUUGUCAAAUUGACGAGAAGCGUAGAAUAAAGAUGGCUCUUGAUGUGGCAAGGGGUAUGAAUUGCUUGCAUACUAGUACGCCAACAAUCGUUCACCGGGAUUUAAAGUCACCAAAUCUUUUGGUAGAUAAAAACUGGAAUGUCAAGGUUUGUGAUUUUGGGUUGUCACGCUUGAAGCAUAACACCUUUUUGUCAUCCAAAUCAACUGCAGGAACACCUGAGUGGAUGGCACCAGAAGUUCUCCGAAAUGAACCGUCAAAUGAGAAGUGUGAUGUAUAUAGUUUUGGAGUCAUUCUUUGGGAGCUUGCAACGCUAAGAUUGCCAUGGAGUGGAAUGAACCCAAUGCAAGUUGUUGGAGCUGUUGGUUUCCAGAAUCGUCGCCUUGAAAUCCCCAAGGAUGUUGAUCCCUUAGUUGCAAGGAUAAUUUUAGAAUGUUGGCAGACUGAUCCGAACUUGCGUCCAUCCUUUGCACAGCUUGCAGUAGCUCUCAAGCCCUUGCAGCGGCUUGUUGUCCCUGCACAUCUUGAACAACCAAGCUCACCUCUGCAGCAGGAGAUCUCUGUAAAUUCUACACCUUGAAACGUCUCAAUUCGUCAAUUGUGGAUAAGGAGACAUUCGUGGUUGUUUUGCAUUCGGUGAGGCUAGCACAUGAACUUUAGAUAAAGGAAAACAAGAAGAGGAGAGAAUGGAUGUUUGCUGCUUCCACCCAAAAAAUGUAGAAGCCCUUUUUAUGUACAUCUUGAUGUAGAUGGAAUUGAACUCUGUAAUAUAUGUAUUAAAAGGCGUUGAAUUUGAAUUAAAAUUAAAAUUAAAUUUUCAAAUAAUAA